AUGAGGGGCGUCUCCGAUGGUGAAUAUAAAUGGAUUCUUCAUACAAAGGAUCAUUUCACAGAAUUUUCCUGGGCGUAUCCUCUAAAGACCACGGAAACUCAAUAUAUUGCUGAAAAACUUCUACAACAAUUUUAUUUGUUUGGAACACCACGAAUUUUACAACGCAAUAAUGGCAAAGAAUUUGUGGCAAAAGUAAUAAGGGAUUUGAAAAACACAUGGCCUGAUCUAAUCAUUAUCAAUGGUCGAUCCAAUCAUCCUCAAAUGCAAGGAUCGGUCGAGUGUGGCAACCAAACACUUGAAUCAGCAGUAGACCAAGAUGUUUUGAAUGAAGAAGAUCUUCCGCAUGAGUUUAGUGAUGGACUAUUAGAAUAUGAUAAUCCAGCGACUGCUGUGAAAGUUGCAACUUCUGAUACCAAUAAAACAUUAGCUUGCAUGGAUGAAGCACUUGCAACAGCAUCAAACAUAUCUCUAUCAACAGCAUCAUUAUCUGCAUGUCAUGCAUCUCCUCAUACGAAAAAACGACAACGAACCAAACAGUUUUCGAACGAUCAAAUUGGAUCUCUGGACAAAGGUAAGAUGAUUGCCUACACUCGUCUAACAGAAAGUGCCAUGUCAUCAUUUCUUUAG